GUCACCAGAUUGGUACAGAUAGAUCCUGAGCAAGCAAACAGUGUCCUCCAGCAGAAUGGCAAAGGUCCUGCUGAUGGAGAAGCUAACCCGCAUGUCCUUAGCAAUAAUGUUCAGCACACAGAAGAUGGCAGCAAAGAGAAAAUGAAUGGCGGACAGACUGUCUCUGUGACAAUAGAGAAGGAGCAAUAGACAACAUAUCUCAACUACGGUGCCUUAAACCAGGAGUAUCAUCACCUCAACGGGAGUCAUCCUAGACCUUCAUUUUAAGCUUUGAUGCAGCCUCAAACCACAUGUUUUGUAUUUGUUUUUAUUACAUGGACCAUUCCUCAUCCAGCGUGCUUUGAAAGAGCACAGCAACAAUAUUGCUAUCAUGUAGAAAGAGCCUCUACAGCGACCUCAUAGACUGCACCAGUCUGAAGCAGAAGAGAUUCAGGGAAGGAGAUGUCUUUAAGAUAAACCAAAGACAUUCAAAUAAUCCCCAAAAUGCGGGAGCCAAUGUUUGUCUUUGUCUGUUUUAUGUUUAAGAUUUCAUCUAGAGAGUCAUCCUUUAUCAGUAUUAAUCAACCUCUUAAUCACUAAUUGCAGAGCAAAAGGUUUGUACGUUGAUUUUCAUCCGAAAUAAUGUGUGUGUGUGUGUGUCUUAUAAGGUGAACUUCAAGCACAGUGCAAUUAGCAGCAGUCUGUUAUCAGAUGGUCUCAAAUUUAGUUUACAUAUUUGUAAAUAUUUGAAGGUCUUUCUGUUUACACUUUAAAAUAUUUAUUUUUCAUUUCAUAAUAUAUUUGAUAGGAAAAACAUAAAGAUGAUAAAUGCUAAAACUUAGAUGACCAAAUCCAGUUUAAUGCUUGUUGAAAUGGUUUAAUCUCAAUCCAGAUACUUGAAAGCCAACAGGUCUCCCAUAAUUCCAAGAUGAUCAGGUAGAUUUUUCAUUGCACUAUAAUUAUCUGUAAUUUGUCCUGUUUUAUAAAUUAAUUGCUUUGUCUUUCUAUGUAUUUAUUUGUAAAUCACAUUUUAUUUAUUUUCAAAAAGACAUUAAUACAAGUGAUUUCCUUCUUCAUCUACAGAACUAACAUCCUUUGUAUUUCUAUAUUAACACGAAUCUAUUUGAAGUGUCUUCUGUUUGUGUCCACCACUUUCAAAGAAAUUUAAGUUUCAAAAGCACAGAACAUAAAAAAACACCACAAUAAAAAAAAAAAAGUCAUAAAGAACAGGCAAUUAUGUCCUUGAGCCUAAAGCUCGAUAGAAGAAGUGGAGUUUAUACCAGUGAUCCAAAGGUGUCACAACCUUUCUUCACUCUUUACUGCCCGCCAUUGUUUCCUUAUAUUACCUUCCUUUUGGAGUAUGUGAUGUGUAGCACAAUAAAACAUGAUUGACUGAUUUUACUUUUUGCCUACAUGAUUAGUGACUCAGAAGUUCAAUGACCGAUGUCAGUGAACUUAACAACAGGCACCUGGAGCUGCUGCCUGUUUGAAAAAAAGAUGCUUUUUUUUUUUUUUUUAUUACGAAAUUGUUCGUGCUGCUUAAUGAUUGCUAUGUAACAAUAAAUGUAAUACAACUAUACAUUCCUAUUCUUUAA